AGUUUACCUGAAUAAAAUCCCAUAUUAAAUGAUUUCUGCUGUACCUUUGUCUGUUUUUUAUUCUUUCCAAUUUUGUUUAACUUUUUUUUUUCUCUCUUCCGUUCAGUCGUUCUCUCCAUUUGUCAAUUUUCAGAUUUUGAAUCUCCACAGUUACGCUUCCAUCUUGUCGCGAUUGGGAGACUGAGGGAUUGUCAUUACUCGAAAUUAAGUUUUGAUGGGCACUGUUUGGGUUCUAGUAAAAAGAUACUGCGGUAAAUUUUGGAUUGGUUUGAAUUAGGAGUUCUGUAAUUCGUUUUUAGGCCGUUGGAUUUUGGGUGAAUUCUUAUCCAUAUCAAGGAAUUGAAAUUAAGCUUUGCUUUUUGUUGGUUUAAUUCUUUUUCGUGGUCAUGGUGGAUUUACAGUGAACCUGGAUUUCGUACUGUUUUAUUAUCUGUUGCUUGUGAUGGCUGAUGAAAGAUCGGUGCAGAUAGGAGCAUAGAAGAGGCUUGUUUGACUUACCCGUGUAUUCACGGUAUAGAGAAGCUUAUGUGUGAUGAUAGGAUAUGGCGCACAGUUCCUGGAGACAUAAGUUAAAGGGAUUGGUUAUCUAGUGGAUUCCCAAACUUCGAUUGUUUAAAGCUUUGGACAUGAGAAGCCCCUGGCUCAAUAAACUAUCUGUCAUUCUAGGCCCUAGACCGCCAGUCAGUUGGUUGUUCUUGUGCGUUGUCAGUUUGCUUGCGCUGAUUACAGUCUUUGGAUCAUCGUCUUCUAGUUCUUUUGACUCUGUAACCUCCACUUGGGUACCUGAGAGUUAUAAAAAUUAUAGAAGGCUAAAGGAGCAAGCUGCAGUUGAUUAUUUUGAGCUUAGAACUCUUUCAUCAGGUGCUAGUCGCCAAAGGGAGCUUGGCUUUUGUGGCAAAGAAAGAGAGAAUUAUGUUCCUUGUUACAACGUGACAGCAAAUCUUUUAUUUGGGUUUAAAGAUGGAGAGGAAUUUGAUCGACAUUGUGAAGUAGUAGGGCAAGGGAAGUGGUGUCUAAUUCGCCCUCCUAAGGAUUAUAAGACUCCACUUCAAUGGCCUGCUGGUAGGGAUGUGAUAUGGAGCGGAAAUGUCAAGAUAACUAAAGACCAAUUCCUUUCUUCUGGAAGCAUGACAAAGAGAAUGAUGUUGCUAGAAGAGAAUCAAAUUGCUUUUCAGUCUGAUGCUGGCUUAACCUUUGACGGUGUCAAAGAUUAUUCUCGCCAGAUCGCAGAGAUGAUGGGACUAGGAAGUGACUCUGAAUUUUUACAAGCUGGGGUACGCACUGUGCUUGAUAUUGGCUGUGGAUUUGGAAGUUUUGGAGCUCAUUUAGUUUCAAUAAAGUUGAUGGCUCUUUGUAUUGCUGGAUAUGAGGCAACUGGAAGCCAAGUUCAGUUAGCUCUUGAGAGAGGUCUUCCAGCAAUGAUUGGCAAUUUCAUAACAAGACAACUGCCAUAUCCAUCAUUUUCAUUUGACAUGGUUCAUUGUGCUCAAUGUGGUAUCCCUUGGGACAAGAAAGAGGGGAUGCUUCUCAUAGAAGUAGAUCGGUUACUCAAACCUGGAGGUUAUUUUGUUUUAACCUCACCCAAAAGUAAGCCACAUGGAAGUGCAACAGGUACAAAGAUAAGAAACAUGCUAACACCACUGGAACAAUUCCCUGAAAAAAUUUGUUGGAGUCUUAUUGCUCAGCAGGAUGAGACUUUCAUCUGGCAGAAAACUGUUGAUGCUCAGUGCUAUUCUUCUCGCAAGCAGACUGAUGUACCCCUUUGCAAAGGACAUGAUGCUUCCUAUUAUCAGGCCUUGAGCCCAUGCAUUAUUGGACCUUCCAGCAAACGCUGGAUUCCUAUUCAGAACAGGUCCUCUAGCUCAGAAUUGAGCUCUGCGGAGCUUGCACUUCAUGGAGUCAGUCCAGAAGAUUUCUUUGAAGACUUGCAAGGUUGGAAAUUAGCUUUAAAAAACUAUUGGUCUUUGCUUACUCCAUUAAUUUUCUCUGAUCAUCCCAAGAGGCCAGGUGCUGAAGAUCCAUUGCCUCCAUUUAAUAUGGUACGCAAUGUGAUGGACAUGAAUGCUCAUUAUGGGGGUUUAAAUGCUGCAUUCCUGGAGGAAAAGAAAUCAGUGUGGGUGAUGAAUGUGGUGCCUGUUACGUCACGUAAUAUGCUACCUCUUAUUCUUGACCGAGGUUUUCCCGGUGUUUUGCACGACUGGUGUGAACCCUUCCCAACAUAUCCUCGAACAUAUGACAUGCUUCAUGCAAAUGGGCUCCUCUCACAUCUCUCUUCAGAGAGGUGCAGUUUGAUGGACUUGUUUGUAGAGAUGGACCGAAUCCUGCGUCCUGAGGGUUGGGCUGUGCUUUAUGAUAAAUUAGGAGCUAUAGAGUUGGCACGUGCACAUGCUACACAGAUACGAUGGGGUGCAAGAGUGAUCGACCUUCAGAAUGGUAGUGAUCAGAGGCUACUGAUUUGUCAGAAACCAUUUUUGACAAAAUGAUUGAUCAAAGAAGGAUCAGAAGGUCUCAAGACCACAGAUUUGUACACUGUUUUUUUAUCUGCAUCAGAAUGUGAGAUACGGUGUGGAGUCGAGGCAGGUUUGACAUUUAGUGACUGAACAAGGAACAAAGGUGAGGCUGUAGAUUAGAAAAGGAGGCAGCUGCAAAAUGUAGCUGCUCUACUUUUUCCCUUUUUCUUUUUUUUUUUUAAAUUUUGGUCCAGGCUUUGUAGCAAUUCAUUCAUCCAUGUCAUUUCUUUACCUACUUUAUAGUGAACUCCUUGUAUCGAAACAUCAUUGCGGUGCAAUUGCCACGAAAUGUGAUUAGUACUAAUAGAUCAACCAA